GAUUUCAAGGAAUCUGCAAAAUUAACACAAAAAAAAAGUAGAUAUUAUUUUUUAUAUUCGUGUUGUAGCGCAUUUAUUGUUAACAUAAAUAGUCUGAAGUCUUAAAAAAAAAAUCUCCCCGUUUUGGUGACGUGUUCUACAAACGGAAGCGCACUUUGGAGGGGGCAGGCAAUGCUCUGUAGCGCUUCCUAUCCGAGGCUGUGCUGUUGCUGUUGUUGUUGUUGUUGCUGUUGUUGCUGUUGCUGUUGUUGUUGUUGUUGUUGCUGUUGUUGUUGUUGACGUCAGUCGGGUUUAGGCGAGGAUUUUGAGAGGAUUUAUAAACCGAGGUGGGAAGCGAAGUCUCGUGUAUUUAAGCAUUGUGGGUACUCUGCUCUGUGAGUGUUUGAAGAGGCUGCAGCGGGAAUCUCACGCUCCUCAGCAUGGGUGAACGGAAAGGAGUGAACAAGUACUACCCUCCAGACUUCGACCCCGCCAAGCAUGGCUCUCUCAAUGGAUACAGGAAGAGUCACCCCCUCAGAGAGAGGGCGCGCAAACUGUCCCAGGGCAUCCUCAUCAUCCGGUUCGAGAUGCCCUACAAUAUCUGGUGUGACGGCUGCAAGAAUCACAUCGGGAUGGGCGUCCGUUACAAUGCUGAGAAAAAGAAGGUGGGGAAUUACUACACAACCCCGAUCUACAGGUUCCGGAUGAAGUGCCACCUGUGUGUGAAUUACAUCGAGAUGCAGACCGACCCGGCGAGCUGCGACUACGUCAUCGUGAGCGGAGCGCAACGCAAGGAGGAGCGCUGGGACAUGAAGGACAACGAGCAGAUACUGACCACAGAGCACAGUGAGAAGGAGAAGCUGGAGACAGACCCCAUGUUCAAGCUGGAGCACGGCUCUCAGGACCGGGGGAAGCUGCAGCGUGCCCUCCCCUCCCUCUCACACAUCCAGGAGAAGCAGGAGGCCUGGAGAGACGACUUCCAGCUGAACAGCGCUCUGCGCAGGAAGUUCAGGGAUGAGAAGAAGGUGAUAAAGGAGGAGAGUGAGAGGGACGGGGCUCUGCUCAGUAAAGCCUGCCUGUCCAUCCCGCUGGUGAAAGAGACUGAGGAUGACAAGAGACUGGCCAGCCUGCUCACCCUGCACAGCGCAGACUCGUACGAGGACAGGCAGCGGUUGAAGCGGAGAGAGAUCUCGGCUCGCUCCUGGUUUCCUUCCCCCGUCGCAGACCGAGCCUCGGACACCCUGAAGAGACUGGGGCUGACCCUGGGCUCCACCUCGGCCCCCUCGCUGGGCUCCCCGAGCUGCUCCACAGUGCUGCCUGUCAGCAAGGGACUGGGGAUCGUGCGCAGGAGAUCAGCAGGGAGCGAUAUCACCGCUGCACAGGAACCAGAGGCAUCCCUGGGGGUCAGAGAGAGCGACACACCUCGGGGGAAUGAUAUCACCGACGCACCGGGGGGUGGGGGAACCCCAUUCGACAGCGCACAGGCACAGACCCCCAGUGCAGAGACCCAGGCAGGGGGCUGUUUUGCGGGAGAGGCUGAGCCGUGCACCGCCCUCCCCCUCACCUCUCUGGUGGCAGACUACUGGGGCUCCAGCUCCGAGUCAGAGUCCUGAGAGAGGAGACUGAGGAGGGGACAGUGAACUGGACUGUCUGCCUGUCCAAAUAAACUGAGCAUCUCGGAGACUUCACAACAACAGCAGAACAAUGUGUUAUUUGCAUCUGGGUUUGGUAAAUAUGAGGAAUAAAUCAUUGAAACGGGAAGCUCUGCUUUGUGGCAGUUAUUUCAUCUCAAAACGAGAGAAACAGAUUCACGUAAACCAGUUAGAAACCAGGUCAAUAUACAGAGGCUGUGACGACACCGUGAAGGUGUGACUAGCAGAACACUUUGUGUUCUUCACUGAUAAUCCAGCAAGGAGGCCAGGAGCACCGCGGGCUGCUCCCACGCUGUACAGCCGCUGGAAAUGUUUGAGACGCGAUCAUUUCUGAUCAGCUGAAGGCGUGGAAUCGUGAUGCGGGGGUAUUAGCGCCCUCUGGUGGAAUUAAUUAGGUUGACAACAUGAAUGACUAAAAUCUAAUCUUGUUGCAACUUCAUAAUACAAAGGUUAACAAUGCUUAGGGUCGGUCUGAUUCCUCUAAAUGAGAGUGUGUGCGUGUGUCAGUGUCUAGAGUGUAUUUGUCAGUGUUCGUGGGUGUGUGGGCAGGUUUAUAGCGCUUGCUGGGUCAAAAAAGUCUCCACAAGGAAGGAAAGUCUGACAAAACCUACCUUAUGAAGACACAGGCCAAGUCCUUGUCGUGCUUAAACAGAUAUUUUAAAACCUCCACAGGUGACCACGCCCCUCCCAAGUACACCUCCACAGGUGACCACGCCCCUCCCAAGUACACCUCCACAGGUGACCACGCCCCUCCCAAGUACACCUCCACAGGUGACCACGCCCCUCCCAAGUACACCUCCACAGGUGACCACGCCCCUCCCAAGUACACCUCCACAGGUGACCACGCCCCUCCCAAGUACACCUCCACGGGUGACCACGCCCCCUCCCAAGUACACCUCCACAGGUGACCACGCCCCUCCCAAGUACACCUCCACAGGUGACCACGCCCCUCCCAAGUACACCUCCACAGGUGACCACGCCCCCUCCCAAGUGCACAUCCACAGGUGACCACGCCCCGCGCAGGUAGAUCGGAAAGAUGGCGGCCGGGGUAACACGGUAAAAUCCCAGAUUCCCUGUUUCUUUUGGUGUGCAGCCUUGGCGUGAUUCACACACAGGAGGAGAAGGAUUCAGAGUCUCGGAACACGCGAGGCGCUGUGUAUUCUGCAGAGAGGACGGUGAGGUGCGGUCGAAUCCACGCAGUCCAGGGAAGUAAAUGAUAACGAUACUCAAAGCGGAUUGCUUUUACCGAUGGACUGGAUACGAUGUAACUGGAGAGUCUGGGUAGAAAUGACGCGACUUUAAAAAUAUAAACGGACUGCCCGUUCAACGAGGAUUCACGAUUAAAGUUACACACCCCGCUGCACAGAGACUGUGUGAACUAGCAUCGCUGUCGAGUCUGUGUGUGUCUUUCAGUGCCGAGAUGCGUCCUCCUCAUCCUCAUCACCGCUGCCCGUCUGAGUGCACGCCGACCCGGGAUCGAUCUGCGAGCCCCUCUCGAUGUUGUCAUGGAUAGACACGCGCGGUUCUGCAGCGCCGGUGACGCUCCUGCCUCUGUCCGCUUCUGGAGUCUCGGGGUCGGAACACGCAGCUGGAUUCCCGGGCUGGUUUUGUUUUUGUCGAGUCGUUGCUCAUCUCAAAGCCCAGCCGUGCCUCGGAGUGUUUCUGCAGGAUUGUGUGUGUUGCUAUGGUGAUUGUGACCAGUGUUUGACUUUGCAAAUAAAGAUUGUAUAUCGAUUAUUUUUUGG